AACACUUACGCCGUAAGCAAGCUCCUCGAUUUUUCUGCGCUUUCAAAUUCCGCCGACCUUUCCUAUGCCUCACGAAUCUUCGCGCAGAGGGAAAGCAAAUGCACAGUUGGGUAGUUAAGAAUUCGUUUUCCGCGUCAGAUGCACAUGUACAGACAGCAUUAAUUCGGUUUUACACCAACUGCAAAGCAUUGGAUGAUGCACGCAAGAUGUUCGAUGAAAUUACUGACAUUGAUGUUAUUCAAUGUAAUGUUUUAAUGAGUGGGCACCUUCAAUGCGGACUAGCCAAGGAGACAUUGAGUAUUUUCCAGGAUAUGCUGGGGCGUGGAGUUAGUGCGGAUGAGUAUUGUGUGACCACAGCGCUUUCGGCCUGUGCUCAUUUAGGUGCUCUUGAGCAAGGGAAGUGGAUUCAUGAGCAUGUUAUGAAGAGUGAGUGGGUUGAGUCUGAUGUUUUUAUCGGCUCUGCACUUGUUGAUAUGUAUGCUAAGUGUGGAUGUAUUCACUUGGCUUCUGAGGUAUUUGACAGCAUGCCUACGCGAAAUAAGCAUUCGUGGGCAACAAUGAUAAGAGGGUUUGCAGUCCAUGGUCGUCCUGAGCUAGCAUUAAGCUGUUUGGAGAGGAUGCAAGUGGUUGAUGGACUUAAUCCUGAUGGUAUUGUCAUUCUUGCAGCGUUAGCAGCGUGUGCGCAUGCAGGGCUUCAAAAAGAAGGCGAAGCUUUGUUGGAUAAGAUGGAAUCUUUAUACGGCGUUGUGCCGGAACAUGAGCACUUCAGUUGUGUAGUGGAUUUGUUAUGCAGAGCUGGACGAUUGGAUGAUGCACUUAAGCUUAUUAGAAGGAUGCCAAUGAAACCACGGGCCUCAGUUUGGGGCGCGUUAUUGAGUGGUUGUCGAAAUCACAACAAUGUUAGUCUUGCAGAACUUGCCGUUAAAGAGAUUUUGUUGGUAGAAGAUGGCAAUGAAGCUGAAGAAGAUUCUGCGUAUGUUCAGUUAUCAAAUAUAUAUUUGGCAGCUCGACAAUGUGAUGAUGCACGUCGAAUCAGGAGGAUGAUUGGUGACAAAGGGCUCAGAAAGACCCCUGGGUACAGUGCAAUUGAGAUUGAUGGGAUGGUUAAUGAGUUUGUAGCUGGAGAUGUCUCCCAUUCAUGUUUAACUAACAUACAUGAGGUGCUUGACUUGAUAUAUCUAGAUCCUCAUUUCAGCAACCUAAUAUAGCAUGAGCAAGCUUACUUGUGUGUCACAACUCAUAUCAUGAGUAUGGGACAGCAUGUUGUUGUAAGGGGCAUUCAACUAUUAUUUGGAUAUCAAUUGGUCUGCAACUACGUUUUCUAGAUGGAAGCGGACUUUAAGACCCGCAGCACCCUUUCAAGCUAAACUUGCCAUGUUUUUGUACCCUCAGCACCAUGAGAUCCUGCUCCAGCCCCUGCUAUUUGACCAGCCUCUUGUGUUUCUCAAAUUCUCUGAGCAAAGGCUUGAAUCUGACAGUGUACUACUGUCCAGCAAUUGUUUUUCCGUGCUGUUCUUGAGGGAAAGGCUCAUUGACCAUUGGAAAGCAUGGAACUUGCGGCAAGUAUACAAGUAUGGAUUGUUGUAAACUUCUAAUGUUAUUCGUGCUGCACUACUCAAUCUACUUUUCUCAACCCAAAUUUGCGUUGUACUAUUACUUAUCUAGAUGGAAAAGGUGAUACCAAUUCAGGAA